AUGGAGUCCUCUUCGUUGAAGUUGACAUUCCAGGGUUUUCUCGAAUCGUUCCCUUUGAUGGAGCGCAUGAAAGCACGGGUGGAACGUGAAUAUGAACGCGGAGAGUGGAAUGAGCUGGACCGACGAGUUUGGGAACACAGCUAUAGCAUGAGGGAUCUGAGUCAAUGGCCAUUCGAUGCGGUCAGUGUUUUCACUGAGGGAGAGUCCUGCUAUUAUCUCGGCAGCUUGAAAUCGGCUUGCUCUUUGGAAAGCUUCCCGGACAGAUUUGGACAUGGCGUCGACGUGGUAGUGAGCUGUUGCGCAGAGGAGCUGCGUGCAAUGACGGGAGGGCCCACAAAUUGGCGGCUCUACUUUCUGUCUCAAGGCGUGAAGUCUUUGCAGUUCGCUAUGAGAGAUCUCACCGUUCGGUCAAGAGACGACGCGGCCGGGGUGCCUUUUCGCGUGCUCUUUCACUGCUUCGGAGGCAUCAAUCGCAGCACUGGCACGCUGGCUGCCUGGCUGGUGAUCGGACAUAACUAUACUGCGGAAGAAGCUGUUGAUGCCAUACUCCGGGUGCGUCCUUCAUUGCGGCCAUGGUGCGAUCGAGAUUACGUUCUGUGGGUUCUUGGCUCUUUGGAAGUGCAGCGGCAGACGGUUCAGACGCAGGUCUACGCAUUGGCGCGUGAUGUGCAGGUGGACAGGGUCAGUUACUGGAUGCCGCCUGCUUCCGUUGUUUGA